ACAUGUAUAUAAACACAGGGUGACAUCAUGUUUACUCGCUCUUGGACUCGUCUGGUGUAGACUGCAACAUUCCGUUUCCAAAUGGCGACAGACAUGGAGAGAUUUGUUUCUUUCGAGGAAGCGUAUUACGAUCAAUACGACUAUUAUAAUCUGCUUGAAUACUCGUGUCAUGCUUGUGGCAAAGGGAGGACCAAGAGAGAAAUCGAGCUGAACACAAACCGCCAUUGCCCCGCAGGGCACGAGAGGAAGAUAGCAGAAAAAUUUCACAACAGCGAAAUGAAACGCAGGAGAACCAAGAGCUCGUCGUCGUGAUGGCUUUCCCCGAUGUUUCCAGAUCCGGACACAAGUUGGAUUUCUGAUGUUGACCAAGGCCAAUUGUCUCUGCCUUCCCUGACCCAGGGAAUGGAGCGCUGUGACACCGGGAAUAUGUCCUUUAAUCAGUCACCAAACGGCUCUCCAUUCCAUACUCUACCCUGUAACAAGACCUGCUACUCUCAAGUUACAGCUGUGCAAGAAUAGUUAGUGUUGAGCUAUCUAGGUCAGUGGUGUGUGCUUGAUAAACAUAUAAAGAUAGAUAUAGUCAUUUCUGUGGGUGCUGAAGAUAUUAUACUGUACUUUGAUUCAAUAAAAACUGAUAACUAGACCACCUUGGAUUGUUUUAUUACUAUUGCUCAUAACUGAUAAUAAAAACAUUUUCUAGUAGCUUUAAUACAACUGGUUGAGUUCUGUUAAGUAGGCUGCAUUACAGGCUUAUGACUGUUUUGUGUUUGUAGUUUCAGCAGAAUCUAUCCCUCCAUCCCUCUCAUUUUGCUUUACAUGACCAAUGGACACAUCUUCCUUCUCUCUAUGAAUGUCUCCCUCCUCUCUGUGUCCAGUUUUCUCAGGGGGAAUGAGAGCCUGCUGUUUACCUUUUUUUGUUUACCAGUGGAGUGGCAUGCACAUCCAGACACCAAGGGCAGGGGGCAGUUUUUUUCAGAAAUGCUCAAGGAUAUGGCCUGCAGCCUGGACAAAGAUUUUUUUGUGCAUUUUAAAUUGUAUCAUUUUUACUGGUAUGCUGCAAAGCACCCUAACCCUAUCCAAACAAGGCUCCUAAACCAUGUCUUGUCGUGUCUUUAAGUGGAUGAUGAGGACUAAGCAGUGAAAAUUCAAAAUAUCUGCAACUGCAUGUGGUGGAAAGUACACUGCAAUGAUUGAAAAGUAGCAUAAAUAAAUGAUGAAUGAAAAGGUUAAGUGUACUUCAGUUGAACCAGAAGCUCGCCAAUGCUUACCAGUGUUUAUAAAUUGUCAGUGUUGCACUACUCGCCGAACCUUGGGUGAAUUUACCAGCUUUUAUUUUGAAGGAGGGAUCGUUCAACCGGAACUUCCGUCCUGGCCGCCACCUUCACACAUGUAUGAGCUGCUAACAAAUUGACCAAUUUGUUCGUCAUUUAUUUUUUCUACCCACCAAGAUGCAGAUAUGCAGUGUGUGCAGCGAGCAGACACCGAAAUACAGAUGUCCAGUCUGUAAAAUAAGAUAUUGUUCACUUGGCUGUUACAAGAGGCAUAAAGACACUUGCCUGCUUGUUGAGCAGCCUGCACCUAUUGAUCCUGAACCUAAGGAUGCUUUCAACACUGAGCCGUGGACUGUUGAGGAUCUUCUGCAUGAAAAUGACAUCAUCGACAAAGUGCCUCUGCAGAGGCUCCAGCUGUUAGGACAUUCAAAAGAGCUAAGAGAUCUUCUUUGUAACCCCCAUCUGAGACAGUUAUUACGCUCCAUUGACGGUGCAGACAGCAAAGACGAUGCGAUGAAGGCUGCCAUGCAGGAGCCACUGUUUGUUGAAUUUUCUGAUCAGUGUUUGAAAAUUGUAGAAAAAGCAAAGCAAAAUCAUUAACAUCCAGUGAAGCUGGUGAUUUGUAAAAUCGUGCCUAUCGGAUCCUUUUUGGGUUAUAUUUUGGGGGGGCUGUACUUUUUUUAAAAAAUAUAAUAUAUCUUGGAAUAAGCCACACUGUGCCACGCUGUAAUUUGUUGAUCUAACUUCCUGUCCUGUGUCCUGCCAUGCUAUAGGAUGUACUGUAUAUAAAUAAAGGCUGAAAUGUU